UUGGUAGGCUGACUUCUUGAAACUGACUAGUGGCCUUUGUUCAUGUAUCAGUGACUAAGAUGUUGGUUUCUGAACUAGACUGAAAAACCUGUGGACACUGUUAGGCUGAGUUAGAAGCAAGAAUGGCUGGGGCAGAACCAUUUUUGGCAGAUGGCAAUCAGGAGUUAUUUCCCUGUGAAGUCUGUGGAAGACGCUUUGCAGCAGAUGUUCUGCAAAGACAUGGACCAAUAUGUAGAAAACUAUUCAACAAAAAGCGUAAACCCUUCAAUUCCUUGAAGCAAAGAUUACAGGGUACUGACAUCCCCACUGUGAGGAAGGCUCCUCAAGCCAAGCCUCAACCUGUGAGAAAAUCUAACUGGAGACAACAACAUGAAGACUUUAUUAAUGCAAUUCGUUCAGCAAAGCAGUGUACACUAGCCAUUAAAGAAGGCCGGCCUCUCCCACCUCCACCUCCUCCAUCUAUCAACCCAGAUUAUAUUCAAUGUCCAUAUUGUAUGAGGAGGUUUAAUGAAACUGCAGCCAAGCGACAUAUCAAUUUCUGCAAGGAUCAGUCUUCUCGCCGAGUCUUUGAUCCAGCCCAGACAGCAGCAAAACUGGCAUCCAGGGCUCAGGGUAGGGCUCAGAUGGGUCCAAAAAAAGAACCAACCGUAACCAGUGCUGUGGGAGCUUUACUACAGAACAGGGCCCUGGAGGCUAUGAGUGGGGCCCCAACCAGGCCAGCCGCUGGUGCACCACAGAUGCCUUUGAAAGUCCGCUUAGACGCACACGCCCAGCAUCUGUAUACCCCAAAGAACUCAGCUCGUCAGGCCGGCUCCUCGACCCCAGGUGAGAAAUGGCAUUCUGAAGCUCACACUUGGCCGUGUCUCCUCUCCAUCUUCCCUCUCAGAACCUGGACAAGCCCUCCACGCUUCACACCUGGACUCUUACAGCUGAUUUCAAGCCGAACUCCUUGCCUCUUCUCCAAACCACUGUCAGUCCUAUUUCUAACAUCCUAAUCUUCACUGCUGAGACUCAGUAGAAUAAAAGCUUUCAGACAGGGGACUGGGUGCCGUUUCCUUCUUGCUUACGUGUUCAGCCUCACCCAGCCACUCCUCCAAUACUACUUGCCACACAUGGCUGCUCUAAGGCCAAGGCUUAUAUCUCUGCCCAGAAUCUCUCUGCCCACCUCCUAUUUAUUGUGUAUGUCAGAGCUGAAGGCUUUUUCUGAGAAGGUCUUCUCUCUUUCCCAGGUCUCCUUCAUCAAGCAGUGAAGAACAAUUUAAUUUGCAUUGCUCUAUUAAACCACCAAAGUUGCACUUUACCUAUGUUUGCAUGACUGUCUUCCUAGUCAAAGUUCAUCUUUCUGUUCUUAAACCUGGUACACUGUAGGUGCCCAACAAGUAUUUGUUGAAAGAAUGAACUGACACUGCACAGAACUGUCACAGAAAACUAGUGUAAUCACUAGAGAUACAGAUUUCAAGCAUCCCUAAAAGCCUAAAACCCAUGCACAUCGGGCAUCCCUUUGCUCUUGCUGCAUGUGGUCUGAAAACUGG